GGGUUGAUUCAAUAUCAAGGGCCAACUUUGGAUUAUUAAUUCAAUAGGAAAUAUAUUGAGAAGCGACUCAAAUAGAAAUACCUUUUAAUUGUUGUUGUCUGGUAAAUCGUUUAGAAAAGAAGUCAGUCAUACAAACUCUUGUUCUAGACAGAACAGUACGAUAUAUAUCUCCCAACCAUCAAAAUGUCAUUGCGUGGAAAGAAUGUCCUUCUCACAGGUGCCUCUAUGGGCAUUGGGGAAGCUAUCGCCUCUGCUCUGGUUGAAGCUGGGGCAAACGUGAUUCUAUUUUCACGCUCUGAGAACAAGCUGACACAGCUGAAAGAGAAGCUGUCGGCGACAUCAGAUGUGAAAAUCACAUAUGGAACCGUGGAUGUUGGGGAUUAUGCCAGCGUCGAAGCAGCGGUGUCGUCAGCAAUCGAAGAGAUGGGAGAUAUCGAUGUUCUCAUCAACAACGCGGGCCUUGCCCUCGGUGCGCCGAGUCCAUUCCCAGAGUUGAAAGUUUCAGACAUCCUAACGAUGAACAACACCAACAUCAACGGGUACAUGUUCAUGGCCCAUGCCGUACUCAAUCACUCCAUGCUUCGGCGGAAAGCUGGGACUAUUUUAAACAUUACCUCAGUCACAGGCCUGGAGGUCCCGCCAUUCCCAGGCGAAGCCGUAUAUCAUGCCAACAAGGCGUGCCAAGAGGCUUUUACCAACGCUUUGCGGAAUGAGCUGAGUGGCACGGAUAUACGCGUGCUCGCACUGCGACCGGGAUGUGUCGCGACGAAUUUCCAUUCGCUGCGGGUGGGUCAUGACAAGGAGAUGUAUAAUUCCUUUUUUGAAGGAUAUGAGCCACUCGUGGCGCCAGACAUUGCACAGGCUGCCGUUUAUAUGCUCCAACAGCCACCGAAUCUGUCUGUCAAGGCGUUGGAUAUUGUUCCUUCCGCACAACGCUCGUUGAAUGUGUUUGACCGAUCAUGGAACGAGCGGAGAAAGGACCAAUGAAUAGAUAAUGGCAGAGGAAUGCCAGGUCAAAUCUGUGAAUAUAUCGACGUUCAUUUCCCUUUACAGACUAAGAAGAGAAUCUCGAACAUUGUUGCAUGAGAGUAAGCAUGUAUUCACC